GUUAGGGGGCGUUUCUCCAGGCGGAAAGCUGUGAGCUGCGACGCUGAGGAAGGGGACCCCAAAACGUCUGGCACUGCCCCCUCCAGGGAUCACUUUGGACCGCCUCACUCGGCCCAGCCGGAUUCUGAAACGCCGAGGGGUCAACCUGAUGGGUUUCGGGGUCAACGGAAGAGGGGAAGGGGAGCCCUGGCGGGGAGAACCCCCCGGUCCCCCGCCCAGCAGCUGAGGCACAGGAGGGCGGCCAUCUUGGCCGGGAGGGUAGGGCUGGGGAGCUGCGGGCGCCGUGCGAUUGGGGGGCUCGCCCGGAAGUGACGCCAACUACCCGGAAGCGGAGGGGGUUCCCUGGCCCACUCCCCCCUCGUUCGUUUGCUCCCCCGCUUCCUCCCCGCCCCCCUUCCUCUCCAUUCGUUUCCCCCCCUCCCCGUUCCCUGCCUUCUUCCCCCCCCCGCCGUCCCUCCCCCCCAACCUCCGGAGCUGGGAAGAGAGUCAAGAUGGCGGCGAAAUCCGAUGGCGGUGGCGUGGGGGUGGGCUUCGCUCAGCUGCACAACCUGGACGAGGCGGUGGGCAGUGGCGGCGAGGAGGACGGGGAGCCCGGGGGAGGCGGCUGCGGCGGCGGCGGCGACGGCAGCGAGCCCGAAGAGAGCAGCUCGCUGCACAUCUGCCACUGCUGCAACACCUCCUCGUGCUACUGGGGCUGCCGCUCCGCCUGCCUGCGCUCCCUCCUGGGCAAGAAGCCGCGCCGCAGCGCCGCCGCCGACGGGGGGGACCAGCCGCUGCAGCCUCCCGCGGCCCCCGGCGCCGACCGCCAACCCCCGACGCCCUCGGCCGCGCGGCCAGAGCCGCCGCCGCCGCAGGUGGAGCGGCCGUGGCUCGACUGCCUGUGGAUCGUGCUGGCGCUGCUGGUGUUCUUCGGGGACGUGGGCACCGACCUGUGGCUGGCCCUCGACUACUACCGCAAGGGGGACUACGGCUACUUCGGGCUGACCCUCUUCUUCGUGCUGGUGCCGUCGCUGCUGGUGCAGAGCCUGAGCUUCCGCUGGUUCGUGCAGGACUACACGGGCGGCGGGCUGGGCGCCGUGGAGGGGCUCAGCAGCCGGGGCCCCCCCAUGAUGGGGGCCGCCUACGGCCACGUCGCGGCCCGCGGCGUCCCAGGCGCGGGGGUCCCGGCCACGCCGGGGGCGCAGCGCCUGUGCCGCCUCUCCGUGUGGAUCUGGCAGUCGGUCAUCCACCUGCUGCAGAUGGGGCAGGUGUGGAGGUAUAUCCGCACCAUGUACCUGGGGAUUCAGAGCCAGCGGCGGAAGGAACACCAGCGACGCUUCUACUGGGCUAUGAUGUAUGAAUAUGCAGACGUCAACAUGCUGCGCCUCCUGGAGACCUUCCUGGAGAGCGCGCCCCAACUGGUGCUACAGCUCUGCAUCAUGCUCCAGAAGAACAGCGCCGAGACCCUGCCCUGUGUCUCCUCUGCGACUUCCCUGAUGUCCCUGGCUUGGGUGCUAGCCUCCUAUCACAAGCUGCUGCGGGACUCCAGGGAUGACAAGAAGAGCAUGAGCUACAGAGGGGCCCUCGUCCAGAUCUUCUGGCGCCUCUUCACCAUCUCAUCCCGAGUGAUCUCUUUUGCCCUCUUUGCUUCCAUCUUCCAGCUCUAUUUUGGGAUCUUCGUGGUGGUUCACUGGUGCGCCAUGGCCUUCUGGAUCAUCCAUGGCGGAACAGACUUCUGCAUGUCCAAGUGGGAGGAGAUCCUCUUCAACAUGGUGGUAGGGAUUGUGUACAUUUUCUGCUGGUUUAACGUCAAGGAAGGGCGGACUCGAUAUCGAAUGUUUGCAUAUUAUACGAUAGUCUUGACCGAGAAUGCUGCCUUGACGUUCCUUUGGUAUUUUUACAGAAACCCGGAGACCACUGACUCCUAUGCGGUGCCAGCACUGUGUUGUGUCUUUAUUAGCUUUGUGGCUGGGAUCGCACUGAUGCUCUUAUACUAUGGUGUGCUGCAUCCCAUGGGGCCACGAGCUAAGAUCCUUGCCAGCUCCUGUUGUGCCGAGCUGCUCUGGGGCAUCCCUUUGCCCCCCGAUGUUGAGCCCAUGGCGCCUCAGACCCCUGGGUACCGGGGGACCCAGGUUACGCCCACCAGAGCCGUAACGGAACAACAGGAGGAUCUCACGGCUGACACUUGCUUGCCCGUUUUCCAAGUGAGACCCAUGGGGCCCCCUACCCCGUUGGGGCGUCCUUACCUCCCAGAAGGGCCCCUCAUUAAGAUUGACAUGCCAAGAAAGCGAUACCCAGCUUGGGAUGCUCAUUUUGUAGACAGGAGACUGAGAAGGACUAUUAACAUUCUGCAGUAUGUCACCCCCACCGCAGUAGGCAUUCGAUAUCGAGACGGACCACUCCUCUAUGAGUUGCUACAGUAUGAGUCUUCACUCUAAGAGCAUCUUGACCCAAAUUGAGAAGGGGACCUUAAGUUUGGUUUGCGGCAAACACCACUUGCAAGAAAUAUAACCCUCCCUUCCCCCAAUACACAGAACCACCGCCACCACCACCAACACCGCCACACCAACACCACCACUGCAAAAGAAAAAAAAAUUAAUAAGUCACAACCCCUUCAAAUAAGCUUUCUUUCCAGUCGCUGUAUGUAUACAAAGAUAUUCUCUAUGUUUUGUAAGUAAAAACAAAAAGAAAACCUUUCUUUUGUUUUUUACACAUAAGAAACAGUAUUGAAAAAUCCCACGCUAUGGUUCAUAGAGUGGAGAAGGAGGAGUUGUCUCCACUCCAAAAGAAAAAAAACAUGUUUUUUACCUUACACCAAGUGUAGAUCAUUUAUGGGAUUGGUGCUGAUUGAAAGAACAAAACAAAACAAAAGAAACACAAACAAACAAAAACCUUCAACUGCCUUAUGCCCUUAGGUGCUGAGUUUCAUUAAGUACUGUCACGUUUUCUCAUGCAAAACUCCCUGGUGACGUUUGCGCCAGGAGAGGGGAAAUUAAACAAUCAAAUGAAACAAUCUAAAAGUGGAACAAAAACCAACCAACAAAUACAACAUAAAGCAAUGAUUCUUCCUAUCUGAUUAUUUGUAUUGAAGAAAACAAAUUUACCAAAAGCGAAAGCAUAAAACCCCUCCCUCUUUUCAGUUUCUCCCCCUCCUCUCCGGACCUCCUCCCCACUUCGCAGAGCCUUCCAGGAGCUCCAGGGCUGUUUGAAACUCGAAUGGCUGGAGCAGCUACUUGAAGGCUGACUAUGUGCCAUUUUAGCGCUUGCCUAGCAAGAAUCACAUUUGUUUCCCAGUGAAAAGCAAAGCAGAACAAAACAAAAGCCACCCUAAUAAUUCGGUAAGGACAGGACAUUCUAAAGCAAAUGAAAGGAGAUUUCUAUAUACAUAAUCAGUAAUAAUAAAACUCAGCAUAGUAGCAAAAA